CAUUUUCCUUCUCGUUGCAYGUCGUUGUUGUCACCUGCACAAUACUCUCAAGGAAUACAAUGCAAUAUUUGGAUCAUGGUUUUCMCACUAGAUAUCUAAAUACGCACACCAUUUUUAUUUUACCAUUCGGUUUUGCGGUUUGCUUCGAUAGUGAUUUGGUGCGCGAGUGACUGGCUGCAUUGGAGCCGUUCAUUCAACACAAGCGCGACACUUGGCGAUGAAGCUGAAACCACCAGCUACAGAAGCGUAAUCUCUUACAUUGCCAAAAUUACGGGCGGAAUUAAAUACAACUCUCUGUCUCCGGCCUCUCAAAGGAGAGACAGGAGGUUCAUCAUGUCUGCCAAAGAGAGAUUAAAAGGGAAGGUGACCAAAGACAGCGUUACCUUGCUGCCUUGUUUCUAUUUCGUUGAGCUCCCGAUCAUGGCCUCCUCUGUGGUCAGCCUGUAUUUCCUGGAGCUGACCGACGUGUUCAAACCGGUGCGGUUGGGAUACAGCUGCAAUGACCGCAGUCUGAGCAUGCCCUACAUCAAGCCCGCUGAGGAAGUCAUCCCUUUCCUCAUGCUCUUCAGCCUGGCCUUCGCUGGACCUACAGCUACGAUAAUGAUAGGAGAAGGUAUCCUGUAUUGCUGUCUGUCUAGGAGAAAGACUGGGGUCAAAACAGAGGCCAAUAUCAAUGCAGCUGGCUGCAAUUUCAACUCGUAUAUACGGCGUGCUGUUCGGUUUGUUGGGGUCCACGUAUUUGGACUGUGCCUCACGGCUCUCAUCACUGAUAUCAUCCAGCUGUCGACGGGCUACCACGCCCCAUACUUCCUGACAGUGUGUAAACCCAAUUACACCACGCUCAACUUGACCUGUGAUGACAGCUCCUUCAUCACAGAGGACUUCUGUUCUGGAGGAGCAGACCCAGCCAUCAUCAACGCUGGCAGGAAGUCCUUUCCCUCGCAGCAUGCCACUCUGGCCGCCUUCGCUGCUGUCUACGUCUCUAUGUACUUCAACGCUACGUUGACGGACUCCUCCAAGCUGCUGAAGCCCCUGCUGGUCUUCACCUUCAUCAUGGGUGGCAUCAUCUGUGGCCUGACCCGCAUCAUCCAGUUCAAGAACCACGCCAUCGACGUCUACUGUGGCUUCCUCAUCGGAGGAGGGAUCGCCGUCUACCUGGGUCUGUAUGCAGUGGGUAACUUCCAGCCUACUCGGGACACGUCCAGACAGCAGCCCCAGCCUCCCCCGCUCCGCGAGCCCCCCAGGAGCAUCACCGUGCCCAACGUCAGCCAGAGCGCAGGGCGCCACCUGCAGCCCAACAGCCUCAACAGCAUGAACAGCCUGAACAGCGCCAGCACCACCGACAGCCUCACCGCCGCCCGUCCCGCGACCCUCCUGACCCGGGUCCCCUCCUGCCGCGAGUCCAGCUCCCUGAACAACCUGAAGAGGGCCAGUGCUGACGUGGAGUGCAUCACCUCGUCAAGCACCCUGUGUAAACAGGACAGCCUGGUGACCUUUAACAGUAGCACGUUACCCAGGUCGCACGGCGGCUCGCUCCCCGAGGAGCACCGUGUCCCGCGCCGCCACGCCAGCAUCCACGCCUCCAUGGACUCCACGCGCUCCAAGCAGCUGCUGUCUCAGUGGAAGAGCAAGAACGAGAACCGCAAGCUCUCUCUUCAGGUGAUGGACAGUGGGGUGGUGGUGGGACGCCACCAUUCAACGUCCUCCUCCUCCUCGCCUCAGAGGACCAUGGAGCUGAGGUGCAGCUCUGAGCCAUCCGCCAUGGGCCUGGAGGCGGAGCUCCGUGCUCAGGGACACAUCCCCGCCCAGUACAUGAAGCUGGCAGCYAGCAYCGUGCCRCUGUCCAACCACCUCCCYCACAAYGGGGGCAGCAGYGGCCUGGCWGSGGGGGCCCGCGUSUCCAUCCAGUCCCGGCCAGGCUCCUCCCAGCUCGUCCACAUCCCAGAGGAGACGCAGGAGCACGUCAACAGCGGCACCUCCAGUAGGGAGGACGAGGAUGAUGACGACAGGGAGGAUAACUAUGGCGGCGGUGGGAUUCCUUGUGGGGGAGGCUCGGUUCGCUCCAAGUGGCUGAAGGACGGCGCCCCCUGCAGGACUAACAGUCUAACUAACCAGCCACGCAUCAUGCAGGUCAUCACCAUGUCCAAGCAGCAGGGUCUGCUCCAACACGGCAGCCCCAAGAGCUCUGAGGACGGUAGCGUGGUCAGCUGCACAGGCUCCAUCCAUUACAAGGCCCUGACAGACCAGGAGCCCGGCCAGGGCAUCGUGAGGGUGGAGGCCCACCCGGAAAACAAGCCUGUGAUCAAGCCUCCGGACGGCAGUGGCUCCUGGAGGUGGAAGCCGCAGGAGCAACGGGGCAGCAUCCGCCAGUCCUUUGAGCUCAACGACCUCAACCGCGACUCGGAGAGCUGCGACUCGCUCAAGGACGGCUACGGCUCCAUCGACGGGAGGAUGAGUCAGACGGGCACGGACACUGGCAGCGAGCGUGGCGGUGGGGGUCACCCCCACGUGCACCACCCACACUACCACCACCACCACCACCACCCCCACCAGRGCAUCACCACCAUCCGUGUGACCCCUGUGGAGGGACUAGGUGGAGGGGGCAGCGAGGCCGCCUCCGAGACCCUUUCCAUCGCCUCCAGUCGGGAGUCCACCCUGCGGAGGAAGGGCAAAAUCAUCCUGCUCCCGGAUAGAGGUCCAAGUCCGGACAACUCCAGGAACUAUUUCAAAGGAACCUCCCCCACACCGCCCCCCACCCUGGGUCUGGCGUAUAGGGAGUGAACAGCUGCACAGUCAGCACUUAUUCUUACCAUUCCCCCUUACUGCCCAUGUGGUGGUCCUAUCUGUGUCCCCCAUGAGUGGCCUUCUACACUGGAUCUAGUCUGGACCCCACAAUAAGACCAAUGAGAACAUUCAGCUCAUAAACGGCUGUAUAAGGUCAUAGUUCAUUAGAGCUAGCUUAGGGUUUCUGGUCCAGGAAGGCCACUGUACAUAGGGUUUUUUCCAUUACUCAAUAAUAUGAUAAUUCUUCAUUUUUCACAGUUGUUUUAYUGUUAGACCUGGUUUGAUAGGACUGGACUACCUUUACUGGUGUGUGUUCUUUGAGAAAAUGAAACUAUAGCACACACAAUAAUCCUUUAAGAAUGCAGGAGAUGCUGGAUAAUCGCUACAAGGUCAUUUUGCGCACACUUUUCAACCCUCAUUUCAUUACAUUAACUUUGAUCCAUUUGAGAAGCACAACUUCUAACUCUUUUUAUAUAGUGGCUAUAGUGGUUUGAACUUAGAAUUUGAUACUAUUUGUUAUCACCCUGCAAGAGCCUUUGAUGGCAAUAAACCGUGCAAGUUGUUUAUUAAAGAUGCUUUCGUAAAUUCUCUCUGGAGUGCCAGAGAGUGCUCUGAGUGCGUUCGUAAAUUCAGAGCGUUGUCAGAUUGUCCGUUUGUAAAU